AAGAUCAUUUCCAGCUGGAAUCUUUACCGUCGUCCUGAUUCUGAGCUUUAACCGCUGCUCUGUGUCAUUUUCUGGCAGAUGAAAACUCCACCAGACAGAUCUGGAAUCACCUUUGAAAUCGGGGCUCAGCUAGAGGCUCGUGAUCGGCAGAAGAACUGGUAUGCUGCCACCAUCGAGAAGAUCGACUACGAUAAAGAGCGAGUUCUGGUCCACUACCGCCAGUGGAGCCGCCGGCACAACGAGUGGUUUCACUGGAGCUCGCCGUAUCUCCGGCCUCUGGAGCGGGUCAGCCUGAGGAGGCAGGGCCUGGGCUCCCAGCAGCAGGCUCAGCCGGUACCGCCGCUGUUCCUACUUCAGCUGUUUCCUUAGAACAUCCCCUCAGUG